CUUAAUCAAUAUUUAUAUAUAAGAAAAUUCUAACCAGGAAGCUGUUUAUUUAGAGAGAAAAUGACAAAAUGGAAGCAUGUUGUUGAAUGGUUCCUUAAAUCUCUGAUUUUGCAUUAUGGUUGCUCAGCAUACAACAUAAACAGUGAGGUGUGCCUUCAAAAGUUGUUCGAUUUUGCCUGGGGAGAUAAGGGAUGCAACUUUACGUUGGCAGAUGCUAAACAAUGGCUUGAAACAGACACAACUCUUUGUCCUAGAAAAUGUCGCGUAAAAAUCAACAACUUAGAUGAAACAAAACGGGUAUUUGAUACAAAGUAUCGUUUGGAAUUUAUCCAUCUAAGAUUCAAUGUCUUGGUCGAAAAUUCAAUGAGAAUGAAAAGGAAAUGCAUAUUCUUAGAUCCAUCCAAAGAUGGGAGGACAAUGGAAAUUAAUUGCAAAAUAAAUGCAGAAAAUUUAGUAGACAGCCCAAAAGAUUUGUGUACAUCAAGCCAUAAUUGUACAGAAGAAUCCAAGAAAUGCUUUUUGACGGGAAAGAUCGGGAUCUGCGUAUGCAAACCUGAGUAUAUAGGAUUCGAAAAUCAAUGUUUAAAGGGAAAUUUGAAAUUAAAUGAUACAUGCCAGCGAAAUGAGCAGUGUUCUGUGGUAUCAGGCUUGGUUUGUCAGAAUGAUACAUGCGUACGUGGGCGUGGAUAUGUACCACUGAAUGAUUCAGAAUGUUUUCCAUCGAGAUCAGGUGGUAGUUUGCAAGCAAAUACUCGGGAGCAGGAAAAAGACAAUGCAGCUAGUGUGACAGUUGGAGCUGUUAUUGGAGGCCUUAUCUUAGGCAUUGUCCUUACUAUUGCAGUAGGAACCAUCCACCAACAUCUACGAUAUGGAAAAUUUAAAACUAAAGAGUGUUCAAGGACCGCUGUUUUUAAUAAUGCUACGUAUGAGACUGAAACAGACAUGCUUCAAAACAAUGCUACCCAGAGAAAAGUUGUAAACGUACCACCGCUUGCUCAUUCCGAUGAAUUACACGAGAACGGAGACCCCGAAGGAGGUUUAAAAAGCUCAAUGGAAAAUAAUGACGUAAAUAAUGACGUAUACAAUCAUCUUCAUGAAAAGGAGGAAAAUCUCGAAGUUGAUGAAAAUUAUGACCACGCUCAUGGAAACAUAAAUCAUUCAAUGGAAGAAAGUGACUACAGUGAUCUCAAUACUGGGAAAAAUCAUGAGCGAUCUAAUGUUUUUUCUUCUGAAGAUAAUGAUUACGACGACCAAGAUCAAGUUGAUGAUUACUGUUCACUAAAACAAUAAAUAAAGAUGAUAACAUGUUU